AUGUGGGAUUAUCUGGAUAACCUGUAUCCAACCGUGCCAAUUGUGCAUCGUCCAUCGUUUCAGAAAGCUCUUCAAGAUGAUCACGACUACGAGGAUGAUGGAUUUCUAUCGCUUACAACAUCCAUUGUCGCGCUGGUCGUGGCAACCAUGGCCAGCAAAUUUCAGGCCUACCAGUCUCACGACCCCCCGUUGAAAUUCUCAUCUCGUAAGGAAGUGGUUCACUUUUGCUACGCGAAAGUCACAAGGCUAAGGACCUCAUCCUAUUUUGACGAGCUCAACUUCCAGAAAUUCUCUAUUCCGUACCUUUUUUUCGCGGCAUUCCUUCAGCUGGGCGACCAUAAUUGGUCUCGCAUGUUGAGUGUUGAGGCUAUGCAAAUAGCCCGUCUGCUGAACUUUCACCAGAUCUCCGAAUACAAAGGCCUCAAUUGUAUAGAGACUCAACUUCGAAAAAAGGGGUUCUGGCUUGUUUUCUACUCUUUUGUCCACGCUCAUUUGCAAAAUCUACUUGGGGAGAGAUUGACCUACCUGGAUCCAGUCAUGCUACAUGCUAUCAACCCAAGCGAUCUGCUGCCCUUGGAAACAGAUGAUGAGUGUAUUUUUGAGCACGAGGCCAUGAUACCAGAAAAUACACCCCCUUGCCUCGCUACAGGCUUCAUCUAUCAUUCACGCGUUUUUUGGGCUGCCAUCAGAAGCUCACAUCCAAACGUACCAGAGGACGAACCAUGUUCUUGUGUUCGAGCGCGUAAUCCCAAUCUUCAGGUGUCAUACUAUCAAAACCGACUUGAUGACCUUCAGUCUCUCGUUGGAGAUAUACCAACUUCCCUGUGGGUACCGGCCAGCGACGAGUUCAACCACGAAGACCCGAACAUUGAAACCGCAAAUAAUAUCCGCACACAAUUUGCGUCUUUGCGAGCAAACUUACAUGUUACGCAUCUUUGGCUACAGAGUCUCAUAAUGGAUCAAUUGGAAGUGGCGCAGUCCAACCAAAGACCCUCCUCGGGGUCGGAUUCCGGCCAUCAGCCCGCAACGCUGGACCAAAGAACAUUGUGGAUGGAACGCGAAAGACUUUGCCGAGAACUCUUCUUUAUAAUUUUCAACACCCCUCAAAUCAGCCUGGAAGCUAACGGUUUACAUCUGGCCAACAAAGUCCGCGACAUUGCAGCCAGUCUCUUGGCGUGCCCCUUUCUUCCAGAUGACCCAGUCUCGAAGCGAGUGUCUGACUACAUUCAACGUGCCACUGAUAUUUUGUCCCGCUUGGACAGCAGCGAGGGAAUGAAUACCAUGCAUCUACAGACGUGGGUCGAUACAGAUCGUAUCCGGACAUGA